GGAGACGAAACUUGGAGCGCGCAAGAUUCACUCGGUACAAAACAUGUGAAAUGUGCCAAGCCUCGUCGCUGGCCGAACUUCCAAACUCCAGAUCAACAACCGAAAGCUAUCCAGCUGUCGCGCAUACCAUUGUCGCCGGUCAUCCCAUCUCUACGUCCAGUCGCUCUCCGCCCAUCGAGUGUUCUCUCUCGCGCCAAUCGCUCCAGACAAAAUGGCCAACCCCAACGGACCCGCUCCUGCACCUCACAUGAUCUCGCGCCCAAAGAGAGCCCCCACUGGAGACGAAGAGGCCACGGCGAUUCUGCGUCUCGGAGAGUUCCAGCAAGUGCCUGCUUUGAACUUGUCCGAAGCGCGUACCAUCAUCAACGCCGUCACGACGCGCAGGCGCAACAUCAAGCAGAAGGUCACCGAAUCCGAGACUCUUCUCAAGACUCAGGAAUAUCUCGAGUUGUUCGCGCGCUUCAAACAGCAGGAACACGUCACUGCCGUUGAGCAGUUGCUCACAACUCGCACCGAGCUCGAGCGCUUCGAGCGCAGCCAGCUCGGUGAGUUUACUUGACUGCUGUAGUACACGUUCAUCUACUGACCUUCUUCAAAGGAAGUCUGUGCCCGGAUACCGCUGAGGAAGCAAAGACCCUUGUACCCUCGCUCGAAGGCAAGAUUUCCGACGACGAACUGCAG